ACAUCAAAUAUGAAUAUUACAAACGAGAAUACAGACGUUAGUUUUAAUCAAGACAGUUCUUAUUGCAACGAAGUAUAUUGGAAUUUAAAAUGCCAAUUACAAAACGAGUUUCAAGAGGAAAAGAAAGAGCAACAAAACGACGAAUUAACCCCGAUAGUCCAACACUCAAACAAAGUUGAAUGUGAAGCAAAAUUGAAUGUGCACAAAGUCUGAGAACAUUAGUGAAGAUCAGGAAACAACAAACAAAGCAAGCCGAACGAAUAUCGUCGAAAUAUCUUCGGACGAAAAAUGGGUAGAGGAGGAAGAAGAAGUAGCAUGUUGCGAUAAUGUAACAAGAACCGAUAGAUGCGCAGAAUUAAAGGUAGAUAAUUCAGAACUACUGUGUUUUAAUAAAAAUCUUAUGAGGGGAUUUGACAUAUACCAUGUUAUUCAUGCAGGACCUCCCACCCACAGUAUAUGGUAUAAUCCAAAAGAAACGAGAUGUGACGCCUUGGACCUAUGCACGAAGACUCACUCCAAAUGCAAAUAUUUCGACGGAAAGGAGUCCGACUACAGCGGAAAGGUCCACACCCAUUGAUUCCUUGCAACAUACGUUAUGGACAAAAGAGAACGAUCACCAGAGGGAGAGCAACUCCGCAUCAGACGAGCAUUUUUCCGAGCACGCCAAUACCUCUGCAAAGGAUGUGCAGACAUCAACCGUAAGCGAUACGGACACCACUGCACAUCCUGCGACGCAAGAAUUACGAUUAAGCACGUUAACACCGCUGCUUACUACAAAAAUAGCGUUGUUUACGUGCUUAAGCGUGAUUAGUUACAUUAAAUCACAUAUAACAUUUGAUUUGGACAAUAUACCAGACGAACAACCUGUUACAAUACGACAAUCACUUAAAAUACACCAAAAACAAAAUUUUGCAAAUUAUUUAUUUUCACACAAUAUAAUAAACGCUAGACAAUACGAUGAUGAACUUGCAAAUAGCGACGAAUUACGUAAACUUGAAUUCACAACACAAUUAAAAGACUUAGAGGUUAUAAAAAAACAAUAUUCAGACAAAUAUAUUUACAAAGACGAAACAUUGACGUUUUAACACCUAGAAUAGUUGUUUCAAAUAAUAAAUCUCGUUUAGGUGCUUUAAUAUUUUUCCUAUCUAAUAUAGCUCUACAAAACCAAAUCUCCGUCAACAGGUUAAAACAGUUACUCUGCAACUUCAUAUUCAAUCUUAACCAUAAAAAGACUCAUUCUUUGUGGCCCUUCUGAUUCUGGUAAGACUUUUCUAGCAAAUUUGUUAUAUUCUUCUUUUAGACCGCAUGAAAUUGGUUAUUUCAAUUGUCCAACAGGCCCAAAUCCAUCUUCAUUUUUAUUACAAUCAUUGAGUAACUGUUUAGCCUACAGAUGUGAUGAAAUGAUUUUCGAGCAUCUAGGAGUGAUUUAAAUAAUGAAACAACUAUUAGAAAGGUCUAGUACGCUAACAACAGACGUCAAAUACAAAGAUGCGAUGCCAAUCGACCCACAUCCUACUCUAAUCACAAUGAAUUCAUCUUCUAAAUACGACAUUCUCAAAUGGCAUCCAUCAGAAUAUCAGGCGUUUGAGAAUAGAUGUACUAUACUCUUCCUAGGAACACCGCUACUCAAUAUAUUUAAUGACAAGGAACUCAGGGAAAUAAAUACCUGUGGACCAGAGUUGUUAUAUAUGUUGAGUAUGCAUAAACAGGACAAGGACAACGACACUGCAGGGGUAUUGGACAAGUUUCAAGACUAUAUUUUUUUGUAACUUUUAUUAAUAUACAAUUUACAUAAA